AAUCCAAGGAAGACUUUUAGUGUAACGGGUCCAGAAGGAGGCGUUAACAAUCGUAGUGCACAACAGGCGACGGCGCCAUCCGAAGACAUAGACGAGUUCUACAGUCUGACACAGAAUCCUCGAGGCUUGUGUGUGAUCAUCAGCAACGAGGACUUCAUGGGCUCUAAAUACAAAAAACGUCUUGGAAGCAACAAGGACAACGAAAAUCUAAGCAAACUGUUCAAACACUUCGGCUUUGUUCCGGACAUACACAAAGACCUGACAGCCGACAAGAUUACAGAGACGCUCAAGAAGCUGAGCGAGAGGGACUUUUCUAAAGAGGAUGCCUUGGUGGUGUGUGUGCUAUCCCACGGAGAAAUAGGCAGCAUCAUUGGCACCGAUGAAAAGGAAGUGACACUGGAACAAAUAUUCGAGCCGUUCAAGAACGUUUCCUCCUUGUUUGGGAAGCCCAAGCUCUUCUUCAUUCAGGCAUGUCAGCAAGAGGUGCCUCAAAAGACAAACCAGGAUGAGCCGUCCAAAGAGACGCCAUCCAAUUCUGUCUACUCGGACGCGACUUGUCCUUCUAAGGAUGGAGACAUUUUGAUUGGCAUGGCCACAGUUCCUUACAGCAGAGCUUAUCGGCACACAGAAAAUGGCUCCAUAUACAUCCAGGUACUCUGCAAGGAGCUGGAAAAUGCAGCUAAAAGCCCGAACAGAGAUGACAUACUCACCGUCUUAACGCGUGUGAACAGGAAGGUCAACAACCAUUGUUUGAUACCUAGUAGGCAGAUGCCAGAGCCCAAAUACACUCUCACCAAGAGGCUCGUCUUGAGAUUUGUUUGAACUGUCUGGAACCGUGCCUACGUAUUAAAUGAUCUGAUGUGCGCUGGACUCUAGUUUACAAGUGUGUCUGGAUACGAGUCUUUGAGUUUCUGAAUGGUUCUGUUUGAUAGGUGAAUUUUUGCAUUUUGGUCAAUCAAACAUAAAAGUUGUCAUAGAAUCACAUAUUUUGAAAUGUAUGAAAUAAAUCGAUAAGAAAAUGAAAAAAGGUCUAUCUGUGUUACUUGUUUCGUUCUCACAGAAGAACUGCAGUGCUGGUCACUGAUCGAACACAGUGUAGCAAUGGAAAAGAUCUUCCAUUGCUUAAAAAUGCUGCUUUGUGUGGCCAUCUUGGACUCUUUAAUACAGGUGUGUUGCUACAGGCCAGACGACGGGCAGAAGAUUUGAUACAAAGAGUUUGUGGAACAUGUCAAAGUCUCAGGAAUGUACUCAUC